AUGUCGUCCGGUCAAGAGGAUGUAUCUUGGAGCAUUCGUAAUGGUGAUUUAGAAAUGUUGAAAACACAUGCUGCAAAACCAGACUUUAAUGUUAACAUGGAGACUAACCAGUCAACAUUGCUAGUUACCGCUGCUGAUUACGGGCAAAGUAUUAUCAUUGAGUUUCUCAUAUCUAAAGGAGCGAAUGUAAAUGGUGCUGGGAAAAACGGUAUCACUCCUUUGCUUGCAGCAAUAUGGGAAGGCCAUUCUGAUGCAGUUCGUCUGUUGUUAAAGCAUGGAGCUGAUAAAAACUUGAAAAGUCCUGGUGGUAACUCAUAUGCAGAUGAAGCGCCCAAUGAUGAUAUAAAGAGACUUUUAUAA